GACAGAGAGAGAGAGAGACAGAGAGACAGAGAGAGAGAGAGAGAGCCUUGCCAUGGACCUAAGUAUAAAUUGGGAGGAAAAAAGGGAGAAUCUGAGACCUAAGCGGUUCUGAUUUGUCUAUAGGACUGUUGCCUUCUCAACAACGUCCCUUGUUAAAGCUUAUGUAUACGAAAGGGUUUUGUUGCAAUUGCUUUUUUAAUGCCCAGUUGUAUUCUGGAAAUCUUUACAAUCUUGUCAACACAAAGGCAUAAACUCACCACCAGGCCAACCGCUUAACAGCUCUCUCUUCUUAUCUUCCCCAGUGCCCCUACAUGUAGGAAUAGCAAACAAAUUAAUCCCCCAACAAAAAGACUGAUUCCAGGCCAUUCUUUGGUAUAUUUAUGAUCUCGAGUGCUAACUAUAUUUCUUUGGAGAAAUACGCCUUUGAAACACAAGGUCCACAAUAUCUGGAUUGCUGCAGGUGACCUCCGACUUUGGACAACAGCCAUCGAAGGAGCUCUGGGUCAGGUGCCUGGGGCUUCCCUUUUUUGUGACAUGCGUAUGGCGUUUUGAUGCUUUCUUCUGGGGGAAAAAAGCGACCUGACUCAGCCGUCUGUCUUCAAGCUUACGUCUGAAAAAAAAAAUCUUGCGGUGCCUCCUUAGGAGUUUGGGGCCAUAAUUCUAUACCAUCGCUAAUUCUAUCAUCAACUCCAUAGCGUAGUGAUUGCCCCCCAAACCACUUUCUCCUUUUACUUUAAGAAAUAACCAGACUUUGCAAUUUGCAAAGGGAUUUUUAAAAAAUACACAAAAUUUCUUCUUAUUGUUGGUUCGAGUGAGAUCUUUGCAGUAGGUGCAAGGUGGUCGUGAUCUCAUCUGAAAAAGCGUCUGACUCAAGCUGUGGAUCGCUCCGAUGGAAAUACACUGUAAGCACGACCCGUUUGCAGCAAUGCAUAGACAUGGAGGAGUGAAUCAAUUAGGGGGGGUUUUUGUAAAUGGCCGUCCCCUCCCCGAUGUAGUCCGCCAAAGGAUUGUGGAACUUGCCCAUCAAGGUGUGAGACCUUGUGACAUCUCCAGGCAGCUUCGGGUCAGCCAUGGUUGUGUCAGCAAAAUUCUCGGCAGGUAUUAUGAGACUGGAAGUAUCAAGCCUGGGGUGAUUGGAGGGUCAAAACCAAAGGUCGCCACACCCAAAGUUGUAGAAAAGAUUGCAGAAUAUAAACGCCAAAACCCUACCAUGUUUGCCUGGGAAAUCAGAGAUAGGCUUUUAGCAGAGCGAGUGUGUGACAAUGACACCGUGCCCAGUGUCAGCUCAAUUAACAGGAUCAUCCGGACAAAGGUACAGCAGCCACCCAACCAGCAGGUCCCAGCUUCCAGUCACAGCAUAGUCUCCACAGGCUCUGUGACCCAAGUGUCUUCAGCAAGUACCGAUUCUGCUGGCUCUUCCUACUCCAUUAGUGGAAUUCUGGGAAUUACAUCUCCUAGCGCUGAAACCAACAAACGCAAAAGAGAGGAAGGUAUUCAGGAGUCUCCGGUACCAAAUGGCCAUUCCCUCCCAGGCAGAGAUUUCCUUCGGAAACAGAUGCGGGGAGACCUUUUCACCCAGCAGCAAUUAGAAGUGUUGGAUCGAGUCUUUGAGAGACAACAUUAUUCUGACAUAUUUACAACCACUGAGCCCAUCAAACCAGAGCAGACCACAGAAUACUCAGCCAUGGCAUCACUAGCUGGUGGAUUAGAUGACAUGAAGGCCAAUUUAACAAGCCCUACGUCUGCGGAUAUAGGGGCCAAUGUCCCAGGGCCACAGUCGUACCCCAUUGUGACAGGUCGUGAUUUGGCAAGCACAACCCUCCCAGGAUACCCUCCACACGUCCCCCCUGCUGGACAGGGCAGCUACUCUGCUCCAACUCUGACAGGGAUGGUGCCCGGGAGUGAGUUUUCUGGAAGUCCUUAUAGCCACCCACAGUAUUCAACAUACAAUGAUUCCUGGAGAUUUCCCAACCCUGGGCUGCUAGGCUCCCCUUACUAUUACAGUGCAGCCGCCAGAGGAGCAGCUCCCCCUGCGGCUGCCACCGCCUAUGACCGCCACUGACCCCAAGAGCAAAGAAAUCCAAGCACUUACUACACAUAUCAUUCAGGACUAUGGCAUCUGAAUCACCGCGACAUCCCCAUGCCACCCAGGCUGCACGAGGAACAACAAGAGAAUAGCCAAUAAGAUUCCACAGACUCGACGAAAUGUUAUUCUUUGCAAGGGGCCAACUGAUGUGGGGUUGGUGGGUUUUUUUUCCUCUCUCUUGCUUUCUUGCGCCUCCCCCCCCAUUGUUGUUGUUGGUUUUUGUUUGUUUGCUUCUAAGAGGAAAUCAAUGAGAUUUUACUCACGUUGACUGGGUCUCAGAAAACCAACCAACCGAAAACCAGUUACGCUGACAUUCCUCCCUGUUCACAGGACAGUCUGUUCUUGGGAGCAGCCACCAUGUUAGGCCCUGGGCCAGUCGCCUCUGGUUUUCUCCAGGUACGUCUAAGGAAGAACCAAACAAAUAUAUUCUUGGGCAGAGCUUUCCUCCUGGAUGACUCUGAGGUGGACAUCUCAACAUCAUCUGCCUAACCCACCCUGGGCUUUUGUUUGGGGUGGUUGGUCCAGAAGGAUUGCUCUUUUCAGCUUAAAACAGCAUCGAUGUAAAUAACGCCUUGCUUUUUGUGUGUGUUGCGAAGAGAGUGGCUACAUAUAUACUAUAAAUGCUUUUACACAUGGCGGGCUCAAAAUGCAUUGACAAGUGCAUUUUGAAACUGGUGCACUGAGUCAGAAUUCAGUAAGCUUUAACCGACCUUGAGCCAACCAGGUGGUAUUUUCUUUGUGGUCAUCCUUUGGCCUGAAGUGAUUUUUUGUUUGUUUGUUUGUUUGUGCGGUAUCCCGUAGGAGAGGCCUUGGGUAGGAGAACAUGCUGUUGAGAGGCAUGGAACACAAGGAACAAGUAAAACCCCUGGGCAGGUUGUGACAUUUUGCAGCUUUCUAUCAAUUCAUGUUUCUUUGUAACCAUCCUGAGUACACUGGAAAUACAUUUUUCUAGUUCCAAGCAGUGCUAACUUUGAGGAAGGAUUUCUUAGUCAGCUUCUGACAUGCUGUAUGUAAAUCUAAAUAAGCAGGUGAAAACUCACUGAUUUUGUAAAAGAAAAAGGAAAGAAAACAAUCUCAGCCUGAUGAGCUGACAUGUUAAUAGCCUGAGUCAUCCUUGGCUUAGCCUCACCGUUCAUUAGAUAUUACAGAUCAUGUUUUCCAAAUCAUGGAAAUUUGGAAAACAUAAUUUUGGUUAUUUCCCUAGCUACUCUUUGGAAACCAAGAUACCUUCCCCAAUAUUAUAUCAUUAUAGGCAUAAGAUGUUUUUUUUUUCCCUCCCACCCCCAGGAAAAACAAGCCCACUAACACAGCAGUGAUAUUUUAUUUAAUGUCCCAUUCUCUUUAGGAAAAAAAGAACAAAAAAUGAGUAACUCAAAAAUGCUUCAACAAUUCAACUCAACAAACAUUUUUAAGCACCUAAUCUGUGCAGGAGCACCAGACUAGGUGUUUGGGAUACAACAAUAAAUAAGACAGUCACUGCCCUCAAGGAAUUUAUUAUCUUGUAGGGGAGAUGAGGCAUGUACAUAUAUAAAUAAAAUACAAAUUAGAUUAUGAUCAAUGUGUAGGCAAGGUUCAAACAAAGUUCUGUGAGAUUCAAGGAGGGAGAGGUCAUUUCCCUCAGGGGCAUCAGGAAAGGUUCUUCAUGGUACCUGAACUUGGCCUUCAAGAAAGAGAAGGGUUUCAACAAAUGGAGAUGGGGUUGUGAUGGGAGAAGGAAUCCAUUGUAGGACUAAGGGAUUAGUGUGAGCCAAUGCAUAAAAGUAGGAAAGGGCAAAAAGAGGUUGAAGAAUGGUGCAGAUUGUCUGAACUGGGAAGCGCAUGAAGAAGGACGGUAUGAGAUAAGGCUGGAAAGAUAGGUUAGGCCAAAUUAUAGAGAGCUUUUAAUGCCAGACUUUACUUGGUAGAGAAUGUUGAGUCACUCAAUGUGAUUGAGCAGAGACUUAUACUCAGAGGAUUGGCUAAGGCACAUUUCAAUCAUUAUCAAUACCCUUACGCCCACAUAAUCUGUACUUAUUUAUUUCCCCCAGAGGACAGCCAGGUUCAACUUGCUUUACUCACUUGUCAGUUACAGUUGCAUUAUCAUCUUGGACAAUGUCAUCAGAGUGUCUGAUAAAGUGAAUGAAUGUGUUUCUCACCCCUACUAAAUGAAAGACAAAUUAGGAUCAGUUAGUUCAUUCAUUAAUUCAUUCAGUAAGUAUUUAUUGAGGAACUCUUAUGUACUUGGUACUAUAGUAGACACUGCAGUGGGAAAGCAGAGAUCAUAUAAAGAAAGAAAUAUAAGAUGGACCCUACCCUUAUCUAGCUAGACAGAAAAACAUGUUGCACGGAGUGCUUGAAGAGAAACGCAAAGUAGACUAUGAUCAGAUACUAAAAUAUGAGGUAUAGGGAAUAAGUGCUUCAGGAGUCAGGAAAUCAAUUACUGUAGACAGACUGGGGUGGGCAAGGAGGACCUCACAGAGACUGUGGGACUUGAGCUAAGUCUUGAAAGAUGGCUAGGAUUUAGAGAGGCAGAGGGAAGGUGAAAGGCACUCUGAGCAAUGGUU